UCGAUCUAUCGCAACAUGUGAAAGUUCCACCAGCAAAAAUAGUGAGUACUCUACGUGUUGAUAAUGGAAACGAAUAUAUGGUAUACAAAUCUAUCCUCGAUAUUGGAGCACCUGUAACUAUACUGCCUUUCCAUGUUCGUAGACAACUUGAAAAAGCAGGAUGGAACAAAAUACAAAGUUAUGCUACUGGAUAUGGUGCACCUGCACAAUUAUUUCUCGCCUCUCGUCCCUUUUUAGUUUCUGUUGGAGAUUCUAUGAACUGGACCAA